AUGGUGGUGAUUGAGAGCGGCUCCGGCGGAAUCGACUCUCUGAUGCGCGAAUUGGCCAAGGACGGCCACCCGCCGACGUCCAAAGCCUCCAUCGCCGCCAUGCCGACGGUGACGGUUGUGGAAAGCAACCGCGAGUUCACGGGACUUGCCCGGUUUGCCGGUUCAAGAUGCCGGCCGGCCGACGAGGAAGAAGAGCCAGAGAAGAAGAAUGAGCCUGGAAUUUCUGUCAGCAUCUUUAUAAGGGCAACAAGUGAAGAUUCAGAUCGAACUGGUGAUUUGCAUGAUUCGAUUCCAAGUGAAGCAGCAGUUGAUGAUGAUGGUGAUCAUAUGCAGAGUUAG